GUUAUGCGGACAACUGAAUAUGAAUUCUUAUGUGUUUUUAAAGUCUUAUUACAAAGUGGUCUGUACAGGCCUUGUUUAUAGUGUCUGGCAAGAAUUCAGAAUAUAUCUGUAAAAGCGAAAAAGUCCAUUUUGCGAAAACCGUGGUCAGUACCUUGUUCUUAAUUAGGACAGUCUGCUAAUAAUUCUUACAAAUACCAGCUUUACGUGUGAGUAUCGGCACACAUCACACACUGGGGGAACCUGUUUGUUAUCUAGAUCUGAACAAGAGGUGGAGUUUGCUGACAGGUAAAGAGCCGACUGCAGUGCAUUUCAGAGGCGCCAAAUAGCAUAAGGGCAUGCGGCUGACACUCUGGGCUCAGAAACAAGGGGAAAGUGAGAGACACAUGGGAAGAGCAGCUGCUUAGAGGCUGAAGACUGAACACUCAUACAGACAUGAGCAGCCCCCCACCUCUCUUUCCCAGGACUAUUUUCCUGACGGGGCCCAAUCAGCCCCCCAAAACCAAGCAGGACUCUGCAGUAGGUUCAGAAACCCGAGGGCCUACAGAUGUAGAGAACUCCCAGACCAACCAAAUUCACAGAAGCCAGUUGCGGGUCUCCAAGAAGCCCCUCCCACCAUUACCUGGAGUGACGUCACGUUCGGGGACCAGCUUUGACGAUUCCAAGUUGGCUGUGAGGCCUGACAGAGCUACAGAGGCUGACAAGGACACGGAGGUUACCAACACCAAAGGGAGCCAGUCAUUGCACUGGAAGGUCCUCCCAGCACUACCCACAUGUACAUCGCUGUCGGAGCACAUCUAUGAAGAGCCCAACUUCAUCACCAACAGCCAGCAGACGCAGGAGGAUGCCAAGGUCAGGGUGUCUGCCCACCAGCCGCCUCCUGUCCCCCCCAAGCCCUUACAGCCACUCCAGCUGCCCAUCAUUGGGCCUUGCGCUGCCUUGGACCCCCAGGGCUCCCAUGCCGACGAGGCAGCAGCAGAGAAGUUCCCCAAAAGUGGCAGAGGUAGUUUGCCACGUCCCGUACGACAGCUCCCUCCGGUGCCCCAGAAGCCUGUCUACCCGCUGGAAUGUGGGCAGACUCCCAUGUACCUGGACAUAGUGCCAGAUGAUACCCUGCAGGUUGAAGGUUCUUCCUCGGGGUCUUUCCACAAGCCGCUCCCCCCAUUACCCAAAGCGAGGCCUCCCACCCUGAACCGGAACAGUCAGGGCAGCCAGGAUACACGUGACGCAGACAAGUCGCAGGAUGAAGGUUCUUCCUCGGGGUCUUUCCACAAGCCGCUCCCCCCAUUACCCAAAGCGAGGCCUCCCACCCUGAACCGGAACAGUCAGGGCAGCCAGGAUACACGUGACGCAGACAAGUCGCAGGAAACAGACGACCUGGCAGAGUGGUGGAGCUCAGUGCUGCCCUGGGGGGCCGUAUCGCUAGAGCACGGGGGUGACGAGGAAGACGAGACAGAAAUAUUCCAUAUGAAAGUGAACAGAAUCCAGAGGGGAAUCGAAUUCUUCCUCUGCCUUCUGAAGAAGCACAGUGGUGCGUUCGGGGAUCACAUAAACCAGCUGAAUGCUGUUGCUGAUAAGUUUGACAAAUCAAGCAAGAGCCUGAAGGUCAGGGCCAUCACUGGUGGCACUACGGGAGCCCUUGGGGGCGUGGCUACCGUAACGGGCAUUGUUUUGGCCCCCCUGACCAUGGGCACUUCACUAGUGGUUACAGCGGUGGGAGUGGGAGCGAUAGCAGCCGGCGGGGUGACGGGGGCCAGUGCUGCCAUAUUGAACAAGAAAUGGAACAAUACCGGCCGUAAGACGGUGGAGAAGAUAGUGGAUGAGUACAGAGCUGAGGUGGAGGUCAUCGACCAGAGUCUGGAAUUUGUUGCCAUGGGGGUGAGCGAGCUUGAGAAGCACGAUGUCUCCCGUCUGAUGUGUGAUGGAGAUUCUCUGGUAGUGCCCACGGAGGUGCAGCUGGCUGUGCGCAACCUCAGCUUCAUUCAGGCAGCUGCCAGGUCCAGCGGCAUCCUGCAGGGCUUCGCCCAGCAUUUGGACGGCUGCUUCCCCGAGGAGGAAAGCCAGAAGACCAAGAAAGACUCCACCAACAAAUAUUCCACAAGUGUCCGGGAACUUGCUCAGCAGCUGCAGGACGGCCUGGAUGAUCUCAACAGCCUCAGGGAGAUAUUCUCCACAGCAGAGCUGUAGUCCUUACCUCUGUAUGAAAUGUUCCUUUAUUACACUCACUCAUGGCUCAUGAUUUACAUGUCAUAACUACAGAAAUCAUACAGUUCUGGAGCAAAAAUAUUUGCAAUACAAAAUUCAUUAUUAGUCCCUAAUUUGGAGCUAUUAUUUACAAGUACUCAUAGCCUUUCCUAAAUGUGUAUUGUGAGAUGACAAGGAAUGCAAUUGUCUUAAAUCCAGUCCUUAAAACAUGUAUUGCUGUUAGUAAUUUUAUCUUUGCUACUAUGAAAUGUUUGUUAUAUUUGAAUACAAUAUGUUCUUUAACCAAAUGAAA